AUGGCUAUGGAAAUCAUACCUUCCACCUCUACACUAUCGCCCUACCAGGAAGUAAGGCGCUUCAUUAAGAACGAGUCCAAUGCCUCGCUCAUAGCCGGAGGUGUGGCUGGCGCUGUUUCUCGAACUGUUGUUUCUCCGUUUGAAAGAGCCAAGAUCCUCUUGCAAGUCCAAGGUCCUGGAUCGAAUCAUGCGUACAAUGGGAUGUUCGCUACCAUAUUCAAGAUGUACAAGGACGAAGGCUGGCGAGGACUUUUCAGAGGUAACUUGUUGAACUGUGUGCGGAUUGUUCCGUAUAGUGCAGUUCAGUUUGCAGUGUUUGAGAAGUGUAAGGAGUUGUUGUUGGCUCGUAGAAAUGCUGCAGGCACGCAACUCAAUGCCUAUGAGAGGCUAUUGGCUGGUUCCAUGGGUGGAGUGAUCUCUGUGGCCGUGACAUAUCCUCUAGACUUAGUAAGAGCUCGAAUCACAAUUCAGACGGCUUCUUUGAAGAAACUAGACAAAGGAAAGCUCACUAAACCUCCGACGGUGUUUGGAACAAUAUCCCACGUCUACACCCACGAAGGAGGCUUCACAGCUUUGUACAAGGGAAUAGUACCUACAACACUUGGUGUGGCUCCUUAUGUCGCUAUCAACUUUGCAUUAUAUGAGAAAUUGCGAGAGUACAUGGAAAAUUCGCCUGACGACUACUCCAACCCAGUGUGGAAGUUGUCAGCUGGAGCCUUUUCGAGUUUCGUAGGAGGAGUCUUGAUCUAUCCCUUGGACGUCUUGAGAAAGCGAUAUCAGGUAGCCAGUAUGGCCCAAGGAGAACUUGGCUUCCAGUACAAAUCUGUGCCGCACGCCUUGGUAUCGAUGUUCAAGAACGAGGGCUUCUUUGGUGCCUACAGAGGUCUCACAGCGAACUUGUAUAAAAUUGUCCCAUCCAUGGCUGUCAGCUGGCUCGUUUACGACACUAUUAAAGACACUAUACACAAAUGGUAG